AUACCACUCUCUCUCUUCUCCUUCCUCAUUUGUUCACUCACAUCACAGGUAGGUUUAUGUCGUGAACCACAAACCCCAACACACUCACACACACACACACACACACACGAAGGAGCUAUGGCGGCCACUAACGAAGAUUUCAAAGGUGUCUCGAAUUGUUAUGUGUUCAAGAGCCGAUUGCAGGAGUAUGCUCAGAAAGUGGGGCUCACCACACCUGUCUAUGAAACAAUCAAGGAAGGGCCUUCCCAUGAGCCUUAUUUCAGGUCAACUGUGAUAGUAAACAAUGUUCGGUAUGAUUCUUUGCCUGGAUUUUUCAACCGUAAAGCAGCAGAGCAGUCUGCUGCUGAAGUUGCUCUGGUGGAGUUGGCCAAAUCUGCUGAAGCUAAUCAACCCGUCAGUCAACCUGUUCAUGAAACUGGAUUAUGCAAGAAUUUACUUCAGGAAUAUGCACAGAAGAUGAGUUAUGCAAUGCCUUUGUAUAACUGCAAAAAGGAAGAGACGCCAGGUCGGGCAGCUGGAUAUUCAUGUACUAUUGACAUUGGGGGGAUUCUCUAUAUUGGGGGAACAGCAAAAACGAAGAGGGAAGCAGAGUUAAAAGCAGCUAGAACUGCUCUGUUAGCUAUCCAGUCAAGUCCAUCUCAUGCUACUGAAAACCAGUUGACAGUCAUUCCUUGCAGAAAAAGGGCAACAACUGUUCCCUUGCCUGAUAAGACUUCAAAAACCCCCAAGCCAAAGAAAGAACGGUUUAAAAGGAAAUCUGCCAAGAGGAAACAGUAUAGAGAUAAGAAGGGCCGCAUUCGUGCUGAAAAUGUGGGUAGUGGAGCAGAAAUCAACCAUCAGGUAGAAGCACAUGCAAGUGUUAAUGAUGAACCUGGCAUCCAGCAAAUGAAUUCUGAAGCAUUCACAUCAGAAGUAAUGAAGGAUUCUGAGAUUGGAAUGUCAGUUAAUUAUCAUGAGAAAGAGACAUUUGCUGGGGAGGGUGCUAUUGCUCUUAAUGGCCAAGAGACAUUUGAAAAUGGGAAGUCACAAGAAAUGCAUUGCAAAGAGAACAAUCAUGAGACUGUUGCUAUUGAACAGUCUUCAGUGCCUAAUGCAGGAAUCCUAGAAAGGUGCACACUCAUGGAGAUGAACAAACAGCAAUAUGAUGGAGAAAUGAUGCCAGACAAUAAACUGUAAUGUGGGGGAUUUGAGAUUAACAUAUAUUUAUUAGAGUUAGGAAACCUUUAGGAUUCCAACAUUUUUGCUUUGUUGGGUGUCACAAGAAAGUAGCAUAUAGGCUGUGACAUGAUUCACAGGAAGUUGAUAAAUUUUAUGACUGAACUAAUUAUGGAGUUUCAGACCCAUUGUUUUUUUGUAUGGUAUUAUAAUUAUAAUAUGUAAUUUAUUCGCUCCAUUUGUCCGCAACAUGGGACGUGGGAUUUGGAUCAUUGGAUGUAUUUUUUUGAAACUUUGGAUCAUUGGAUGCGCAUUUAAGAUGA